AUACAAGAUGAUCUCAGAGUAUACGUGGCCCAACCACGACCUCUCCUCAGACAAAGAUGCUGUGAAGAAGCUUCUGCAGGGCUGCAAGUUUGACCAUGACGUGGCCUACGGCAAAACAAAGGUCUUUAUCCGCACUCCUCGCACUCUCUUCACCCUGGAGGAACAGCGAUCCGAAAUGGUCAAAAGAAUUGUCAUCUUCCUACAGAAGGUUUGGAGGGGCACUCUCGCUAGAAAGCGAUACCGGCGGAUGCGUGCUGCCGCCAUCAUCCUGCGGGCCUAUCGACGCUAUAAGGUCAAGUCCUACAUCCGCGAGAUCAACCGUCGCUUUAAAAAUGUGCGCUCCAUGAAGGACCACGGUAAACAUGUGAAGUGGCCAACUCCUCCCAAAGUUCUGCGCAAGUUUGAAGAAGCGGUGAAGAACAUCUACAACAGGUGGUGGGCAUGGACCAAUAUUAAAAGCCUCUCUCCGGAGGAGACUCUGCAGCUCAGAGCCAAGAUAGCCACUCUGGAGGCCCUGAAGGGACAGAGGGCUGACUUGGGCUUACAGAGAGCCUGGGAGGGAAACUACGUGAAGCGUGACAGCCCCGACACGGCGUCGUCCUUCACACUCAUUUCCAGCGAACUGCAGCGAAAAGACAAGUUCAUGAGAGUUUUGUUCUCCUGCAACGUGAGAAAGAUCAACCGUUUUCACAAGGCGGAGGACCGGGCUCUGCUCAUCACUGACCGACACCUGUAUAAGAUGGACCCCAUGAAGCAGUACAAACCAAUGAAGAGCACCCCCCUCUACAACGUCACAGGACUGAGUGUGUCCCCUGGGAAGGAUCAGCUGGUCGUGUUUCACACCAAGGACAACCGGGAUCUCAUAGUGUGCCUGCAGGGCAUGGUGCCUGCCAAUGAGAGCCGCAUCGGGGAGCUGGUUGGCACCCUGCUCAGUCAUUUCAAGAGUGAGAAGAGGAAGCUGCAGGUGAACAUUUCCAGUCCAAUCCAGUGCAGCAUGAAUGGACGAAAGUGCACGGUCGUGGUCGAGCCAAAGAUCAACCAGUCACAUCCGGACUUCACCAAGAGCCGAGCCGGGUACAUCCUGGCUGUUCCUGGGAACUAAAACGGGCCAAAGAAGAAAAACGUUAUAAAUGCUCCCAGCCACUCUGAGAUUAUAAUGAAGAUUAUAUUUCUUUUGAUUUACAGAGCUGCUGUUGAUGUGACAAAGUAGUUCUACUCUUGGAUUGAUUCUUUAACCUAAGCCACAUUUAUUUUUAUUAGUGUAGUUAAAAAAAGAAUGAUCAGUUGAACAGAUUUAUAACAAAAUGCACUUAUUAUUCACCAAAGGGGAACGGUAGCUUUGGUUAAAAUUUGUAUUUGAUUUAAUUUGUUUGUGCAAUAUGAAGUUUGUUGCAUACUUAUUAGUGUUAAUCAAGGAGAGAGCAGAUUAUUUGCCACACCCACAGUUGUUGCACAAUGUCAUCAAAAUCCAAAGGUUUGAAGGGAUUUUAUUAUCCCUGCAUCUCCAUAAAUUAUUCACCUCAAACCGGAACUCUUAAAAAAUGAAGGUGGUUGUUUUUUAUCUGCUUUAAUGUGCACCAUUUAUGCUUUCAGAAUAUAUCAGUGCUAUCAAAGAGUUUCCCUACCUGCAGGAGAUGAUGAAAUAUUUGCUUUACUUACAUGUUAUCAGACUCAAAGUCUUAAUUACCGAAUUUAGUUUUCAUAGCAGGAUGUUUGGCAGAAUGUGUUGAGCAUAUUCUUGACGUCCUAUUAUAUGAAGCAUGUUGGUAUUUAAUAAUCCAUCUGUUGCUGUGCAUGCAAAUAGGGUUUUACAGCACCAGUGCAACUAAGGCCAGGAAAUGUAGUCCGUUUACUUUUUAAACUAAUGCUUAGCAAAAGCGAAAUUACAGGUAGCACAUUAACCAAAUUAUAAAAUAACUUUUGUUCUCUGCAGCUUUAAAAGUAAAUGCUUUGGUUUAGUAAUGGUAACCUUGCCAACUGUCUAAUCCUUUGUGAACUCAAGCUUCUAAACUGAGCUUCAAUCCACUCAUUUAUUUUCAGAUCACGGCUUUCAGUGGUUUUCUGGAAGAGUUUGAUAUGGUCCAGAAAGACAAAAAUUCUUUAGAGAGAUGGACAUCGUUUUUAAGUGAAUAAAGAUACAGGUUAUCCUCUCUCAGCUCGUUCAGUAGCUCAAAGCUCGACACUUGAACCAAAAAGACAGAGCUGGACACAUUCGGAAAGCUUUCCUCAGUCAGACUUUACUUUUACUUUUCUCAAAGUUUGGAAACCCAAAUAACACAAUCCAUGUGAUUUCAGUUGGUUUAUUUUCUGCAAGGUGUCAGUUGUGCUAAAGUCAUCACUUUGCUAUGGUGUUAGUUAUUUACAGAAUGUGUUUUUUUAACACAUUUCAACAACAAGAAUGUCAGGAGGAAAAAAAUGGUAUGCAAUUAGGAGCGGGGUAUAAAAAACAUACAGUGCAAAAGCUUUAAAAAUGACAAGCGAUCCAUAGUUUGCAGUAAUCUGGUUUCAUUAAACAUUAGCUAAUGCCAUUUACAGCACAUAUUUACAAACUCAUUAGCUCAUUAUUUAAAUUCACUCUCUGAUUGAACAGCCAGAGCAGAGAUUUGAGCUCCUAAUAUCCUAAAAAAAAAAAUAACUGAGAUAAAAUAUUUAUUCCUGAUCUUUGUUCUUGUGAAAAAUAAUCUUAUGGGAAAAUGUUCUAGAUGAUUGAAGUUUUUUUUUUUUUUUUCAAAAAUGUUAUCUUGUUUUUCUAGAUGUUUAAAAGGGAAUUACAAAAAAAAGACAAAAUGAAGCCAAAUGUUGUUAGAUAAAUGACUAAACAGAGAAAACCCCUUUUUUGUCCUCCAGACUGAGUUUUCUGGUUUGGUUCCCUGGGUGUUGUAUGAAGGUUUUUAUUUUUUCUAAAUUACUUUGAGAAUGUAUUUUGAAGAGCUAUUUUUAAUCUGCUGCACUGUUUGUUGAUGAAGCGCUUUGAGACGGGAAAGACCUGUUUUGAAAAGUGUAAAUCUAGGAAGAGGUGUGGGUUUUGUUAGACGUUCAUCAAAGCCGUGUGUUUCUGUCUGUGUGGACUAAAACAGUGCAGCUCUGCAUGUCCCCCAGCGUGGAAUUCACCCACAGGGUUCUCCUCUCCGCUCGGCUCAUCAUUAGGAUGGACUUAGUGUCGUUUCUUACUACAGCCUCUCUCUCUCCAGGCCAAAGAGGGUUUGGUGAACAAAGCCUCAUUUCUGCUUCCCUGCCUCUCCUCUCCGUCAUUGCAUGUCUGCACACGACUCCUGCUGUUAGAUUAUUGCCUCCUGGCCCAAAACGGGUCAGCCGACUGUCCAGCAGCUCACACAGGGAUUUUGCUUUCUUUUUUUUUGGUUUUUCUCUAUCAUGUACUUUAGUUUUUUUGUGUAAAAGUAAAAAAAAAAAAAAAAAACAGCAGUGGGAUGUGAAUGGGGAUAUCCCAAUGCACCCUUUAGAUGAAUGCGGGUUAGAGCUGAACAUUUAAUCUCUAAUUUAUCAUCCUAUCCAGUAAAUAUUAGCUUACACAAGAACAGGCUUCUAGCUGAAAGUUUUUUCUUUUCACUUAUUUUUUUAAAUAUAGCAAAAAAUAUUUAAGACUCCAGUAUUUGAAAGGACUUUUCACUACCUGUAAUCUUUAUUCAAGUAAACGUAGACCUAGCUAUUUCAGAAGUUAUCACUCGUCAUCAUUGACAUUCAUCUAUAUUAUCGCAUAUACAUUUUUUUUUCUGAUAUUUUGCUGACCUAAAGCACACAAUUAAUAUGGCUACAAAUAUAUGUUUUAUCAUUUUAAGUAUUUUGAAAAUAUGCAGGCUAACAACACUCUGGAAAAAUUAUCUACAGUACUGUGCAAAAAAUUUCAGUCAUUCAUUUUAUGACAUUGAUUUUUUUCCUUCUGUGGACCAAUUUCUAUUGCAGAAUUUUAUCAGCAGUUCUUCCUGUGGUCUAAAGUUUGUUUCUUUGGUUUUCAUAUUUAUUCAAUAGUUUGUUUCAUUCUUAUUAUCAACUUGUCAAAAAACAGGGUUUGGUCCAAUUUCUUGUCCUUAAUCUAUGAAAAACUGAUUAGUACACAGUUCUUUAGAGGGAAAAUGUUUUUAUUUAGUUGUUUUUGUUUUUUUGCACUAACACAAUGAUUCUCUGACACCUAUUGACUGAAUACUUGGUGUAAAUUUGAGGAACUGAAGGAUAAAAGAACGAUUGUCAGAUGUUUAAGAUCUGAUUUUCAGGUUUUGUUUUCUGCACUAAAUUUUAUUUUCAUUUUUUGUUUGCCUGACACAAUUAAUUUUGUCCCUCACAUGUCUACUUUUUAUUUCUUAAGCACGUGAUUGGAAAGAAAAAUGAUGGGUUGACACAAAACUGGACUGAAAAUUUGCAAAUAGCAGCCAAAGCCUAAGGGAACUUUUAAAGAACUACAAAAAGCCACAAUAACUAAUAAUCACAACCACUUUUGGAGAUUGCAAAAGUUUAAAAUUUGGAUAAUAAAUUACAGCAAAUAACGAGAUCUUUCAGAUUCAUACACAGUACUUGCAAAACUUCCCAGAUUCUUCACUCCACCCAAAGUACCUUCUGAAAAAUAGCUUAUGAUCCAUACAGAAUGUUAUUCUUUAAAGGGGGAAAAAAUAUGCAAAAUUGACAGAGUUAUUUCCGUUGAUUUAUUUUUGAAGAAAAAAUUAAUAUUUUAAUUGUUUUGGACGUUUUGUUGAUGAUGAACAUAGUUUAAAAAAAAUGAAAGGGCAUCUUAUUAUGUCUUGAUAGAACUGUCUAAAUAUGAAUGUCAUCUUUGUUUUUCCACUAUGUUUUUCACCGUCCUGUGCUUUAGGAUUUUUAAGUUUGCUUCAUGUUUUCAACCCUUCCAUGUCAGCCAAAUUAUAUUUUAUUACGUUCUCAGUGAUUUCUGCUCUCAUUUGCUUUAAGUUAAAUCAGCGUAUGCACCUUUCCUUCAGUAUGUGCCUAUUUUAAGAUUAAAUUUAUAUUUUGUAAUAUUUCCAUAAAACAUAUAGAAAAUGGGUUACAUUGCAGGUAAAACUAAAGGGAAAUGCUGUAACUCUGUGUUGUUUUUUUAUGAUUCAGAAUCGGCUGUUUAUGAUGUUCCACAAUGAGAAAUAUUGAAUUAAUCAGUUUAUAAAUAAAUUUUGUUUUGCUUCAGUA